GCAGUCUGCAGCAGCUUCCAGCUCUUCGGUGCUUCCCGGCGGGCAGAGAGCAGCUCAGUGGACCGGAGCAUGUCGGCGGCUAACGGGCGGAUGAUGAUGGCCUGGGUUUGGCCCGCUUUGGUGCUUCUAGCCCGGCUCACCACGGCAGAGGAACCGCGUCGGGACGCACACGGAGCUUUGGCCGGCUCUGAGGCGCUGUUCUCGGACUCCGAGCCGCCGAUGGAGACCCGCAGCGGAGGAGGCUUCCUGCCGGUGCCGGUGUGGAAGUUUGUGAAAGAUGCUGCAGACGAAUCAGAUUUGGGCCGACCACAGUUUCUCUGCAGCAACACGUCCCUCUCUGUUCGCUUGUCGCUCAUCCGACACUCUGACCUGCGUCUGCAAGAUGGGAGGAGGUUGCCGUCGCUGCAGCAGGGAUGUGGUGGUUCUGUUGGGACCGUGGGGCCGUGGCUGCUGCUGAAGCUGCCUUACACCAGCUGCCAUGUGGCAUCACAGGUUUCAAACGGAACGUGGUUCCACCAGCUGAAGCUGCGUUACUUCGACCACCUGCUGCGGGAGAACAUGACAGCUGUGGUCACCUGUGAGGAUCCUGCAACGUUGAGCCUGCCAGCAGUGAGCUGCCAGAGCACAGAUGUGGCUGUGAAACUGCCUCUGGGAAGCAGACUGCAGAAGGUGAAGGCUCUGGGGAAAGACGUGGUGGUUGGGAGGGUGCAGACCAGCACUACUCCAGGACCAGUGUUGGUGCAGAUCUCCACACCGGCAGACAAGGACUCCACGUUUGAAGUGAUCUAUUUGGACUCGGCUGGGGAGAUGUGCACGAUGCUGGCGGCUUGUUUCAGUGCAGCCAGAGGAGAUGGGCCGGAUCGUCAGCGUAGAGCUCUGCAGGACCAGGUGGUGAAUCCUCGUCAUUGGCACAGUGUGGAACCCCGACAGAUGGCAGACAACUCCUCAGAAUACCUGGAUGCAUCGGAUGACUCUACUGAUGAGGAUGAUGAAGAGUACGAUGAAUAUGAGGAGUCAGAUGAUGAGUUGGGUGACUACUUGGAUGAAGAGCAGUUGGAUGACCCCAACAACACAACAGCUGACAUGACUGAUACCCAGAUGAACUCCACAACAGUAACUGAAGCUGAAGAAACGAUGAACACCUCAAUGCCUGUAAAACCCAGACUGGGGAGAGGGUUGGCUGACAUGGAGAUGUCUGGUGACAUGGAGGAAGAUGAUUCUGGUGACAAUGAUUCUGAGGAUGACGACUCAGCAGCCGACAUGUCUGGAGCUGAGAUGAAUGCCUUAUCUUUUGAACCCAGACUGCUGAGAGGGAUGGAUGACCUGUUGGCAUCUGAUGACCCAGAGGACAUGGAGGAAGAUGAGGAUGAUUCUGAAGAUGACUAUGAUUCUGAGGAUGAAACCUCUUCACCAUUACUCCCUAGAUUGGUGAGAGAGAUGGAGGACAUGAAAUCAUCUGAUGACCCAGAGGACAUGGAGGAAGAUGAGGAUGAUUCUGAAGAUGACUAUGAUUCUGAUGACGAUGAAACCUCUUCACCAUUAUCCCCUAGAUUGGGGAGACUGAUGGAGGAACAUGAGGAUUAUUCUGAGUAUGACUCUUUUUUGGAACCCAGAUUGGUGAGACAGAUGGAUGCAUCUGAUGACCCAGAGGACAUGGAGGAUGAUGGGGAAGACUAUGAUGGUGAGGAUGAUGAAGAGUACGACAGUGAUGAGGAUGACUAUAAUCUUGAGGCAGACUACGAUGAGGAUUCUACAACAGCCAACACUACUGAAGCCCAGAUGAAUACGACAGCUGUAGAUGCCCACGUAGCAUCAACAGCAGUGAACACCUCAUUGCCUUUAGAACCCAGACUGGGGAGAGGGAUGGACAUGAAGUCAUCUGAUGAUCCAGAGUACAUGGAGGAAGAUGAGGAUGACUAUUCUGAAGACGACACCCUUCUACAUUUUGAACCCAGACUGGUGAGAGGGAUGAAUGACAUGGAGGCAUCUGAUGACCCAGAGGACAUGGAAGAUGACAUCUAUUCUGAGGAAGAGGACUAUGCUGAUUCUGAUGAAGAUGACUCUGAUUCCGAGGAAGAUGAUUCUGAUGACAGCGGUUCCACGAUGACUGAAUCCCAGAUGAACACCACAGCUGUAGAUGCCCACAUGUCUGACAGCAGUGGUGAGGACUGA